UUUUUUUUCUUUUCUUUUUUUUCUUUUUCCAUUGUUAUUAAUCUAUAUUUCAUUUAAAGAUGUCCACUAUGACAGAUGAUCCUAUUGAACCCGUAGUCAUUGAAGUAAAGAAUGAUACAGCUUCAUCUGUAAAGUCUUUCCUUUCUGGUGGUUUUGGCGGUAUGGCUUCUGUACUUGUGGGUCAACCUUUUGAUCUUGUAAAAGUACGUCUUCAAACAAGUGAAGGCAUAUACAAGAAUACAUUUGAUUGCUUCAAACAAAUUAUUAAAAAAGAUGGCAUAUUGGGUUUGUAUCGUGGUAUGGCGACUCCUUUUGCUAGUAUUACACCUAUCUUUGCUGUUAGUUUUUGGUCAUACGAUCUUGGUAAAAAAUUGGCAUUUGCAUUCAGAACAGACAAAGAGAAUAAAAAUCCACAUUUAAGUUUAGCUGAAAUUACGUUUGCUGGUGCAUUCUCUGCUGUUCCUACAACUUUAUUUAUGGCACCUUCAGAGCGUAUUAAAGUUUUAAUGCAAAUUCAGGGACAAGGUGGUGAACAAAAAUAUAAAGGCCCUAUGGAUGCAGUUCGUCAAUUAUAUAAGGAAGGUGGUAUUCGCUCUAUAUUUAGAGGUACAGGAGCUACUUUAUUACGUGAUUCUCCUGGUUCUGCUGCUUACUUUGUAGCUUACGAAUUAAUCAAGAAGGGACUUACACCUGCUGGUACACGUCCAGAAGAUUUAAGCUUUGGAGCUGUUUUAUUUGCAGGAGGUAUGGCUGGUGUAGCUAUGUGGACUAUUGCUAUUCCUCCCGAUGUUCUUAAAUCUCGUUUACAAUCAGCACCUGCAGGUACUUAUUCAGGUUUAGGUGAUUGUCUUAAAAAGACAUUGAAGACAGAUGGUCCUUCUGCAUUAUUUAAAGGUCUCGGCCCUGCUAUGUUAAGAGCAUUCCCUGCUAAUGCAGCUACUUUCUUGGGCGUUGAAUACUCUAUGAGAGCCAUGAAUAUGGUCUUUUAACAAUAUUUAGAAUAAAAUAGUAAUAUCUUAAAAAAAAAAAGUGUGUGGGGAAAAAGGUUAUUAUUUGUAAUCAUAAUAAUUAUGGGUAUUUCGUGUUACAGACUAUUUAUGCUGACACAACAAUAAUCUUUGCUACUUUUAAUAAACGUG